AGUUAAAUAGUUUCCUUUAACCAUGUUAAAGAUUCUUGUACCUCUCCCUGAACCAGAAGCCUGAAGAGCCAUGUUUGAAGAACUUUUGCUGGCACAGGCUAGAGAAGAGGUUCUUCCAUAUGAUUUAUUAGUAGCUAAGACAGAAGGUUACUCUGGUUCAGAUAUUCGAUUACUCUGUAAAGAAGCAGCAAUGCAGCCUUUAAGACGCCUAAUGACAGUUCUUGAAGACAGGCAGGAGGUUUUGCCUGAGGAUGAUUUGCCGAAUGUUGGACUAAUUAUGCCUCAAGAUAUAGAGACAGCUUUGAAGAACACUAGACCAUCUGCUCAUUUACAUGCACAUCGUUAUGAGAAGUUCAAUGAAGACCAAGGUAGUCAAAUACUCCAAUGAAGGCACUCAGCUUCAGUUAUCCUUCUAAGUUGCAACAUAUUCUUUUUUCAGAUUGACCAGUCAUCCGAUGAUGAUCUUUUUAAUCUAUUAGGAGCCUAUUAAUGGAAACAUUUUAAAUAAA